UACGCCGAACCUCGCCCGGGUGGGCGGUGUCAACCCUCGUGAAACCGCUCCUUUCGCCGUUUGACCCACUCCAACCGGGCUGCCUGCGCCCUCUCGGAUGCAAAUCCGACUCACUAUACACGAAUGAGACAACAGCCAUUAAGCAGUCGCAGCGUAAAUGUCUUUAUUUUAGCGGCUAACUCCACAUUUGUCAAGGCCGUAUCUCGCCCGACCGCCCCGGUGUCCAUAACAAACACACCCAUUGUGAAUUUUAGCGGCUACACAUUAGCUGCUUGUUGGCUACUGUUAUAGCUAGCUAAUCACGUUUAUACAGCCACGGUUUGGAUGUAACAACGACCGAGGGCAUUACUACAUUAAUACUGCAACUGAUUAGAAACAUUACACAGGAGGAGAUGAACAGUCGGCUGCAAGAGAUCCGCGAGCGACAAAAACUUAGGCGGCAGCUUUUAGCUCAACAGUUGGGAGCUGAAAGCGCAGACAGUAUUGGAGCUGUCCUAAACAGUAAAGAUGAACUAAAAGAGAUAGAGGAGACAAGAGAAACAUGCAGGUCUUCGUUCGAUAGUUCAGCUGCACCUUCCAAAAGGAAGGCACAGACAGAGGGAGAGGACACAGAGGAAGAUGUGGAAGAACAAAAGGAUGAGGUGGAGGUACAGCAGCCGGAUGAAAGCAACCCAUAUGAAGAAGUGUACAAGGACUCCAGUACUUUCCUUAAGGGUACCCAGAGUUUGAAUCCCCACAAUGAUUACUGUCAGCACUUUGUCGACACAGGCCACAGACCACAAAACUUCAUUAGAGAUGUUGGUACCUCCAGGCUGACCCGGAGCACUUUGACCUGCAGGAUUUAAAGUGCAAGUUUGAUGUAAUUCUGCUGGAACCUCCCUUAGAGGAAUACUACAGAGAAUCAGGCAUCAGCCACACUGAACGUUUCUGGACCUGGGAUGAUAUCAUGAAACUGGAAAUUGAGGAGAUAUCAGCGCUACGUUCCUUUGUCUUUCUCUGGUGUGGCUCUGGUGAAGGCCUGGACUUGGGGAGAAUGUGUUUGAGGAAGUGGGGCUUUAGACGGUGUGAGGAUAUCUGUUGGAUCAAGACCAACAAGAACAACCCAGGAAAGACAAAGGCACUGGACCCAAAAGCAGUAUUCCAGAGGACCAAGGAGCACUGCCUAAUGGGAAUCAAAGGAACAGUCCGAAGGAGUACUGAUGGUGACUUUAUCCAUGCCAAUGUGGACAUUGACUUGAUCAUCACUGAGGAGCCUGAGAUGGGAAAUGUAGAGAAGCCAGUGGAGAUCUUCCACAUCAUUGAGCAUUUCUGUUUGGGCCGCAGGAGGUUGCACCUGUUUGGACGAGACUCAACCAUCAGACCAGGCUGGCUGACAGUGGGUCCUACUUUGACAAACAGUAACUUUAACCCAGAGACUUAUGCCUCACAUUUUUCCUUGCCCAACUCGCACCUUUCUGGCUGCACCGAGGAAAUAGAGAGGUUGCGGCCCAAGUCCCCCCCUCCUCAGCUGAAGUCGGACCGUGGUCGCGGAGCACCCAGAGGUGGACGUGGCGGGCCAAACGCAGGAAGAGGUGGAGACAGGGGUCGUGAAAGAAACAGACCAAAUUUCCGUGGGGACAGGGGAGGGUUCAGGGGCAGGGGAGGUCCACAUCGGGGCUUUCAACCUCGCUAGAGCAAAGAGCUCAUGAGAACCAGGCUAAUGCUAAGAAAUCCUAUCUGCAUUAUCUGCAAACGCAAGCUUAUUUGUAUUGCAAUAACGUAUGCUUGGUAUGUGAUAGCCAAGAAGUUAGCGAUUGUGAUCAGUCUUUUUUUAAUCUAUGUGGUGUGUUUACAUUUUUUCAUGCUUUGAACGGAUGUUGUCUGAAUAAACAUUCUUUUCACUUUUUA